UGCCACCACUACCACACAGGCCACAGCUACUACUACUUCUCCAAAGAUAACCAAAAAUCAGGGGCGUAGCUCACCACAGCUUGCUCUGUUUUUGCCUUUCCCCAAUCAUGACUCUUAAACCUAAUGCCAUAACCCCGACAUAUCUUCACCUCUCAUUCUUCACUCCACUAACUCCAUCUCUCCCUCCGAUCAAACGGUUCCAUCGCCAUCACACACACAUUCGUCUCCGUUGUCGAUCUUCUCUUGUCGAUGAGCAGCAGAAAGAAGUCGUCUCCUUUUCCGAACCCGAAAACUCGCUCAUUCAGGCUCUUAUUGGUGUCCAAGGUCGAGGCCGUUCUGUUUCCUCUCAGCAGCUCAGCAAUGUCGAACGGGCUGUCAGUGUUCUGGAAGGUUUGGAAGGCGUGCGAGAUCCGACGGACUCUAGCUUAAUUGAAGGACGUUGGCAGUUGGUGUUCACAACUAGACCUGGAACAGCGUCCAUAAUACAGAGAACAUUUGUUGGAGUUGAUUUCUUCAGCGUGUUUCAAGAGAUAUUCCUACGGACAAACGACCCACGGGUCUCCAACAUUGUUAAAUUCUCUGAUGCAAUUGGAGAGCUGAAAGUAGAGGCGGCUGCAUCAAUCAAAGAUGGCAAACGCAUACUUUUCCAAUUUGACAGAGCAGCAUUUUCUUUCAAGUUCUUGCCUUUUAAGGUUCCAUAUCCUGUACCAUUCAGACUUCUUGGAGAUGAAGCAAAGGGCUGGUUGGACACCACAUAUUUAUCUCCCUCUGGAAAUCUCCGAAUCUCAAGAGGAAACAAGGGCACCACGUUUGUGUUGCAAAAGCAAACAGAAGCAAGACAAAACUUGCUGCUAGCAAUUUCUACAGGUAAAGGAGUUGAAGAGGCAAUUGAUAAGCUCAUCUCUGAAAAUCGGAAUGAAAAUAAAUUUGAGGAGGAGCUUGUCGAGGGAGAAUGGAAUAUGUUAUGGAGUUCACAGAUGGAAACAGAUAGUUGGAUAGAGAAUGCUGCAAAUGGUCUCAUGGGGAUGCAGGUUAUCAAGAGUGGACAAAUGAAGUAUCGAGUGGAUAUGUUGCUUGGACUGAGAUUUUCCAUGACUGGUACCUUGGUGAAAUCUGGAGAUGACAUAUACGAUGUUACCAUGGAUGAUGCUGCAAUUAUUGGAGGCCCGUUCGGAUAUCCUUUGGAAAUGGAGAGCCGGUUUAAGCUCCAACUUCUAUACAACGAUGGGAAAAUAAGAAUCACACGAGGAUACAAUAACAUCUUAUUUGUUCAUCUACGGGUCGGCGAAACAAAGCAGGUGUAGGAAGACUUAUCUAAAAGAGGAGGCCCUUGAGGUAAGAAAUCCAUGUGUAUAGUAUAGUAAGAGAUGCCUCGACGUCUUUACAAUGUAUUCAUCAAAUGGAAGUUCUAAAAAUCUUGAACGUCAAAAUCUCACCCCAAAAUCCUUUCAAUAAAGAAUCUCUCCCUCUCAAGUUUUAUCGAUUCGUUAGAAAGAAAAAAUAA